AUGUUUUCAAUUUUGCGUUUUUUGCUUGCUCGCUGUUCUUUUUUUUUUUCUUCCCCCUUACCUCUAUUACCUCGCUCCUUCAUCGGUUACUGUUAUCAUUGUCAUCGUCAUCAUCCACAAAGGAGGAAGCAGUUUCAAUACGUACCACUUUUGACGAACCCGCAUCCGGGGUUGACCGUUGUAGAAAAGAAAGGGGAAAUGGCAACGCUUCGGUUCAACCUCCCAGCGCUCAAUGAGUACCAGUGGCGUAAUUUGUACCUCAAGAAGUACGGCUCGUGUACGUACGGGCCGCCGAUGCCGAAACACGAGUACCGAAUCGACCCAUGUACUGUAGAAUGGCGGCGUAAGAGGGAGCAGGAGGUGUGGAAAAGUACCACAGGUCAGGGAGACGAGAAUAGUCGCAAGCUGGGCGGUGGCGACAUCACCAGCAGGAUGUUACAGACGUCGGAUUAUAUGGAUGCGAGCGACGACGGCCGUAUGGCUGAGUUUUCAGGAACACACAACGGAGAUUCAGAUGGGGAGUCACUCUACAAGGAAGCGAGCACAUAUGACAACCAACUUUUCACGACGGAUAUGUUCGCGUUCCUCAGCUCCGGUGAUAGUGAUUCACAAUCAUCAACCAUGUCAGAAAUGUUCACAUUCUUACCACAGAACGGGUCGCGGAGCUUCCCCACUCGGCUGCCUACAGUCUCAGAAUUUACUGCAGCUGACUCACUAAUUCCAGCUAGAGAAAGUCGGAACACAAAACCGGAAGAUUCAAUUUUGAAGUCCAAUGAUCUCGUUCGACUGCAGCGCGAGACGUGGCAGCUGUUGAUGGAUGACCGCAUAAUGAUGUGGUUUGAGCGUGAGGUCAAGGAGCACGGACGCAUUGCCGCAAAUGUGCAAAAGAAGCUACUUGAAAUCGUCACAAAAAAACCUGACGCUCACAGCGAUGUGACCACAAGAUCGAGCGCCAGUGAAAAAAAGAAGGCACAGGAGCCUCCUGCAGAACUUCCGUUCAGUUACGUGCAUGAAACAAAACCGGAAUCCAGUGAAGAUGAAAAACUGAUGCAAACACUAGAGAAGUUUUCACCCUUCUUUGCUGUUAUUUCGCCCCCUGAAGUACUACAAAGGGUGGCAUCACAAGUCUCGACAUCAAAGGGGGGAGAGGUACUUAGUGGCACCUCCAACACUAUUGGGCUUCCAAUAUUUAGUCAGUACCACACUUGGCGAGAGACCUUUGAAUUUAGACAAACGUGGCGUUUGGCGCCAUUCAGCUUUUUUCUCAUCCACGACAGCAGUUACAACCAUGCGCAGAUAUGUGCACUGUACAUACUGUUAGAUGUAAUCUGCCGAACAUCCCAUACUCACACGGCGGAAUGCGCGAUGAAUGAGCAAAGCCGCCAACUUAUGGCUGAGAGACGGGUACGGCGACGACGGAGUGCCAAGACAGACGACGUGGUGCGAGCACAGUCGUGUCCGUUGGUGCUUAUACAGCAGUUGACGGAGGACAUUCUCCUCGCGUACGAGCAGAGCUCCGCCCGCACAGCAUUGUCUGCGGCACUCCAAGUCUUGCGUUUUUUAACAAAUAUAGUUCUUGAUGCCUGCACCGCAUCUCGUUUCGUAAGUCCCGAAGCACUUCGACGGCAAUGUGGAUUCGAUGGCGACCCUAAUCCCGCCGGCACCACUACGGCGGAAAGUGUUGCAAGUGUCAGUGUGAGCAUCGUGCGCGAUGAUGAGACCUCCUCCCUGCGCCGACGACGACCGCAGCCUUCCCCCCUGAACGAAGUAGCAAGGGGGUUAGGGAUCGCUGAAUGCAGUGUCGAUGGUGAUGACGGGGUCAGGGACCGCCAAGCGCCCACGGAGGACGAAGAAAAUAUGUAUCGAAUGGACAUCAAUAGCUGCAUUGCCUCAAUACCUUUACAGCACCUAAAUGAGUCUAGUUUCGAGCAACUCUUCGAACUGGUUUAUUGGUUUGUGGAUGCUCCAACUGCCAACAGUACAGUUACGGAGAAGGUGACUCAGGGACGAAUCACAUGGGACGCGAAAGCUCCAAGCUCACCGACUGCCACUGCGGGGGGGCCCACAUCUGGAGAGCGCGGCCGAGGUGCCCCAACAUCCCCUGCAGCUGACACGGGUAGCCCCACGAGGCGUGACGGAGCUGGCGCCCAACAACGGGCACAGGACUUCGAGGCCACUGCGUCUGUUGUGGAGGCCAUUGUACGUUUCGAGACAAACAUGACCUUUAACUUGAAUGCGCCAGUGGAUGAUCCCUACUUUUCUCCUCUUGCGGCACAGAGUACGAGAAAAAAUUCAAAGAAAAAAGAAGGUGAACGUCGAGCCGCGAUUCAAGCAACGCCCGCGGCUGCCCCGAACAAUGAGGCAGGGGUGGCAAUAUUUAGAGUGUCACUAACCUUUGUAACGACGUAUAUACGGCUUCACGGCGCAACCUGGUUAAAGGAACUGCUGAAUCGACUUUUCAACAUCCUUCGUCGGGAGAGUGUCCUACUGUACCUGAACGACUCCGACUUCAACAUCAAUCAAGGGCUUUCCGCCCGAAAGAAAAACUCGUCUUUUCUGAGCUGGGGUGCCAAGCGCUUCGCCGCAUACUCUUCGUCUGUGCAAGAUAGCGGCCUCUCAACAUCUUCAGGGGACUGGGAUUCGACGCUGCAGGGAAAAUUGGAGAAGCUUGAGCAACUAAUAUGCCAGGACAUAGGAUAUGUUAUGGGGGAGUUCUUUAGUUCGUUGCAUGGAAAGCGUGCCAUAACGCGCCUUCCGCAGGCAAUAUCUGUCAUGUUAACGGACUAUUGCUCGACUAUUCAUUUACAUCUUCUUAAUCAACGGACACCCAUGGAGUAUUCGCAUGAACCACCCGCGGUGCGUGUGAAGAAGUAUUUGGCAGAAAUGCGUCAAAGGCGCGUAACUGGCGGGUUAGCACUUGGACCCCAGGGAAAGGGGCAAGGAGUCGCGGAGGACACGCUUAUCCACAAUGUGGGAUGCCAUAGAUUGGCGAAAUUUAUCCUUUUUGACUGUUGGAUUUUGCCAGCACUUAACAACGCCGUCGCCUUUGGUUAUCUCCCCGAAGAUGCACCUCAUCACCUUCGGUCAAACGUUAACGCCUUCACGCGUUACCUAAAGAUAAUUGUAAAUGCCCCGUUCGCCAGUAGGUGUCGUCCAGGACCUGCUGCAAGGGAUGUCUCGCAAUUUCCAAGUUGUGGGACGAGGAAGCCUGUGGCAGAAAAGAAACUCCAAGCCUUCGAUGACGUUGCACACGCGUGGCGGUGCAACACUCUGAGGCUCCCGUCCAGGAUUACCGGGAUUUACAAUGCUUGUACAGGUUCCCUCAACCGGUUAACAAGAGACACCACGGCGGAGGAUGAAAAGCCUAACAAACGCCGAGCGGCGGCUUCUACGUCCUUUAGUAAAAUGACGCUGACCAAAGUGAUCACUGGGGACAUGAGCAGCUCCAUCGACCGGGUACGAGAGACAUGGAGCGAGAAAUUCACUGCGCUAGAUACCCUCAAUGCGUUCCUUGACCUGAAUAGUAAUAGUUUAGACUGGGGAGAGGUGCACGAUGACGAUGUAGAUAUGUCGCCGUCACAGAUUUUGAACAUCUUUUGCGACCGCGCCUCAUAUGAUAUCUCAACGAAGAUCGUUGUUUCCGAGUUCACAGUGUCUCCUUCAACGUCAGCGGCAUGUAUCAGUAACAUUUAUUCGCUUAUGUCUGGGCAGCAUUACUUAGUGCGGAACGCGUGUCUCUCCGGUACACUUGUUGGGCGAUUCAAGUCAUCACCCUACCUGGCGUGUCUCAUCGGAGUGCUAACACACCCGUACAUGGCCGUACAAGUGGCAGAAAACGUUCUCCGCAACAGCCGCGCACUCUACAACGCUCUCAUGACGCCCCUAAACGACGAAACACUGCUUUCCAUGAUGUCCUCCCUAGUGUCGGGUAAGAACAAUACGGUUUUAAUGGACACGAAUCAGCUCGUAACGGCGGUGGCGGCUCUUCCCUUUAAGGCGCGACCGGGUUCGGCCGACAGGUCUAAUUCUACCAGUGAGACACCGGAUAUGGCACGGGCCAAGUUAUGGCAGAACACAGCACAAAUUCUGUUGGAAAGGCGGUCGCUUGCCACCACAGGCGCCAGGCAUCCAUCGCAUGUGCUCCGCCGGCUCAUUGCGAAGGUGAGGGCCCCCGCUGAUCCAACAGACGUGUUGAAAAAUACCUCUCUCGCGAUGGAAAAUGAGGUGGGACACGCUCCCCUCUGCUUUGACGCAUGGUGGCGGGCUAUGGUUGUGGCACUCACGGUAAAGGCAAUGAAUGUGAUUGAGGAAAGCAGUGGGGCAAGGGCCAUGCAGUGGGAACAAUGGUGCGAAGUGAAGGUAAAUGACAUGCAGAAGGAGUUCCGUGGACUCUGUGCCUAUUUGUCAAAGCACAAGUCAGCGAAGACAUGUAUUCCCGAGGAUAAGAUAAUGUCGUACUGUCGAGACGGGACCACCACACGGCCAAAACCUGCAAAGCAGGAAAUCAGCCAACCACAGCGGGUGAAAAGUGCCCAAGAGAAACGAAGCGUGUCACGGAGUAAGCAUAGAGCCAAAAAAAAGAAGGCGACGAAGUGA